AGUCCCUGACUCCCCUUUGCCUGCCAGUACCAUCACACCUUACCCCCACUCCAUUACCGUUUCUUUUUUUUUUUUUUUUUUUCUUUUCUUUUCUUUCUCCCUUCCAUUUAUUCUUUGUUUCAAUUAUUUGUUCCUCCAAUUCCUACUCUCUUUUUCUUUCUUCCUUGGCCAUUAAUUAUCAUUAACCUUAUUCCGUUCCUAUUCUUGAAAACCCGUGUUUUGUUUUUCGUCGGUUCAGAUCCUAGAUGAUCGGUUAUUCUCUCUGAUUAUUGAAAACGUUUCUGUUUCUUGAGGAUCUGCAGGCACUUUGUUAUUAAAGAUUUUCAGCAGUUUUGCAUAUUCAGGUGAAAUCUCACUAUUAUUGUAUCAAUCUUGGGACGCUAUAUAUUUUAUGCUAAAGUAGAAAAUGUUGGGAGGCAACAACAGUAAUCCUCUGCUUCCUGUUUUCAUGGAUGAGAAUCGUAUGCACUAUCAGAAUAAUCCUUCGAAUCAGCUUCAAUUAUUUGGUAAUUUCCCAGCUGGAUGUAGCGUUGAUCCUGUGAAUUAUUUUGGGAAUGAGCAUAUGACCCCUAUGCUUCGCCCAAAUAAGAGAGGCAGGGAAACAGAAGAUUUCAGUAGACAGCAAAAGCUGCAGAUUUCCUUAAAUUAUAACAUAUGUCAAGAUGAAGCCGACCGCUCAGCUAGCAUUCCAAACCCAAACCCUGUAUCAACUGGGUUACGGUUGUCAUAUGAUGAUGAUGAACGCAACUCAUCUGUAACUUCUGCAAGUGGAAGUAUGACAGCAGCUCCGUCAAUCAUAUUGUCUCUUGGUGAUAAUAUUAGGACUGAACUUGAUCAGCAGAAAGAAGAAUUUGAUCAGUAUAUUAAGAUUCAGGAAGAGCACAUGGCUAAGGGGUUAAGGGACAUGAAGCAGAGACAUAUUACUUCUUUUCUUACUGCCAUUGAGAAGGGUGUAACCAAGAAGCUAUGGGAAAAAGACCUAGAGAUAGAGAAUAUGAAUCGUAAAAACAAGGAAUUAAUUGAGAGAAUAAAGCAAGUGGCCAUGGAAGCUCAGAAUUGGCAUUACAGAGCAAAAUACAAUGAAUCAGUUGUGAAUGUUCUGAAGAGCAACCUCCAGCAGGCAAUUUCACAGGGCGGUGACCAAGGAAAGGAAGGAUUCGGAGACAGCGAAGUCGAUGAUGCUGCCUCUUACAUUGACCCUACCAACUACCUGAAUAUUCCAGGUGGGCCUGCAAGAGCUCUCUCCAGGAAUUACCAAGGCGGUUUGAAGGAUCAUAUGACCUGCAGGGCUUGCAAAUCGAAGGAGGUGUGCAUGUUGUUAAUGCCUUGUAGGCAUUUAUGUUUAUGUAAAGACUGUGAUAUGUUAAUAGGUGUCUGUCCUGUAUGCCAGUUGAUCAAAACUUCUAGUGUUCAAGUAUAUUUGUCCUAAAUUACAAAGCAAAUCACUCAGAAAGUUACCUACAAUCUUCUUGCUGUCAGAUAUAUGUUAAAAGGUUUCCUUACCUGAAAAAUUAGUUGUAUGUGGAGUAACUACAUAUAUUUAAGAUGAAGUUUGGGUGAUUAUCUUGCAUC